AUGGCACACGAACAACCACCCAAAGUUUUGAUAGUUGGAGGAGGCCCCUCUGGGUUGAUUCUUGCCCUUUCUCUUCUUCAAAAUGGUGUCCCAGUUAGGAUUAUCGAGAAAAGUUCGAAACCCAGGCUUGGUCAAAGGGGAGCAGGAAUUAUGCCCCGAACUCUGGAGCUUUUUUCGUAUCUUCGUAUUGUAGAUGAAGUGAUGAAACUCGGUAUCUUGACCCCCAAAGCACGAAUAUACGAAAUGCCAGGAGGAGUGAAAAUUAGACAUGAAUUCGAAAUGACGCCCCAUAGAGAUCCCACACCAGCCAACCCUUUUUUGAACCCGAUCAUGCUUGGUCAAGACAAAUUAGAAAAAAUAUUCUGGGCCGCACUUGCGAAGUAUGGAUGCUCUGUUGAACUGGGCACAGAACUUAAAUCGUUCACUCAAACGGAGAAGUGCGUGCACGUCAAGCUCGUACACGAAGCAAGGGGUGACCGGGAGGAGUUCGAAGAGAAUUCUGAGUAUGAGUGGAUGAUUGGAACGGAUGGCGCAAAAGGAGUUGUGCGGAAAAUGCUAGGUUUAUCCUUCCUGGGAGAGACCAGGGUGAUAGAAAAUUUCAUUGUGGGAGACAUUGUGGUUGAGGGCCUGUCAAACAAGUAUUGGCAUAUGUGGGGUGAGGCAUCGAAUGUCAUGAUAAGCUUACGGGGAACAGAAACCCCGAAACUAUUCAACUUUGUGGUUGGGGGGAAAAAAAUAAAUCAUACGGAGCUCUCCAACGACGUCGCUAACUUGAAGAGAUGCUUCAUGGAAAACACUGGCACUCGUCCCGACCUCAAGUUUACCGAAAUUCCAUGGAUGUCCCACUACAGACCCAACAUUCGAAUGGUUCAGAAAUUUGGAUAUGGAAGGGUGUAUGUAGCUGGAGAUGCGGGGCAUGUUCAUAGCCCAACUGGAGGCCAGGGUGUGAACACAGGUAUUCAGGAUUCUUUCAAUCUUGGAUGGAAAUUGGCACUGGUCGUCAAAGGAUUGGCCGCUCCGGCUCUGUUAGAGACUUUCUCAGAGGAACGCAUACCUGUUAUCGCCGAAAUGAUUAGCCAGACGACAAAGCUUCUCAACAAAGCAUUGAAUAACCAGGGUGGAGCACUUCAAAGCGGUGGCACCUUGUACCAACUCGGAGUUAAUUAUCGAUGGAGCUCGAUAGUGGUCGAUGAACGAAAGGCGAUAGAGCUCGACCGCGAAGCUGAGGAAGAUGCAUACUUACAGGAUUUCGAAUAUCCAUCGGAAGAAGAGGAAGCCAUUGACUCGUACGGCAAUGACCACGACGGGCAAAUACGAGCUGGGGACAGAGCACCUGAUUCUUCUAAUCUAAUAAUCCGAUCUCCAUCCAGCCUCAUCAAACAGAAAUGCCAUUUGUUCCAGAUUUUCGAUUCUUCGCGUCACACUGUUCUCAUCUUUGCGGAUCUUGUCAACUGUGCUCCAAUUCUACAGGCCUGUUCGGCCUAUCCAAAAGGUCUCAUUUGCACUGUGGUUGUCGUUGGUGCCAAGAAACCAACACCUGCAAGCGCAACCUUGGCAGACUUCGUUGUGGAAGAUCACGACGAAAAUGCGUAUGAAUCAUAUUGUCCAAGUGGUGUGUGUGGGGUGUGCAUAGUAAGACCAGAUGGUGUCCUCGGCGCGAUUGUUCAAGGGCCAGUCUGGAUGCAUCGAUAUUUCCGGGGAAUCUUUUCAGCAAAGUCAAUACGAUAA